UCUUCAAGAGAGCAUUCGAGCACGUACGAGGAGAGCCAAGAACACGCUCGUGGCAGAGGACAGUAGUGGUAACCAUCUCGAGCAAGAGAGAGACAGGUGUUUGCGAGUAAAGUGAAUCAUAUUUAGUAUAAGUUGUAAUGCGACUUCUUCAUUUUUUUGUUUCCGCUUUAUUAAAUAUUUAAUUUGGUGCAGUGUUAGUCAUUAAGUGGAUUCGAGGGGUGCGUGAGUGCAGGUAGUAGUAGUUGUAGUAGGAGGGUUCGCCCCUUUUCCACGAACCAAAAAAAAAUAAAAAUAAUACUGUAGGAGGGAGCCUUCCCCAAUGCGGAAACCAUGUGCUGUGUGCAAAGGAAAAAGCACGACGCCUCUCGUGUGCGCGUUUUUCCAUUGCCGGGAGGAAUACAAUGAAGAGCGCAUUACAAUGCGAAAGCUGAUGGCCCUUUGUUGUGCAUUGGCGUGCAUGCAUUAUGCAUCAUCCUGAAGACGCUUUAUUAAUUGGAAAGUAAUUAACCUAAUCGGACGGUACAAAUGGCUGAUGAUGGCGAAUAUUCGAAGACGUUUCUACAGAGUCAGGAAACAUUCCAGAGAGCACCGGAAGCGCAGGCCGAGCACAGGUUUCCGGCUCGAGCGUCCGGGGUAGUGGAAGUCCCGUUGGGGAGUCGUGGUCCAAGGAGCUUGUAUCUUCGUAGGAAUGGGGAUACUUUUGGUUUCACGCUGCGACACUUCAUCAUCUACCCACCGGAAUCCCUCACAGAGACUGAUGGUAGGCAUGCAGCUGUGGGCGCGCUGCUCACUCCUAUGGACACCAUCUUCGUGAAGGAGGUAGCAGAGCGUGGUCCGGCGAAGCAAGCAGGCUUGCAUCGAGGAGAUCGCAUCCUGUACGUGAACGGGGAGUCCGUUAGUAACCUGACUUACUCUGAGCUAGUGCACAAGAUCCAAACCAGCCCCACAUACUUGCACCUUCUAGUUGUUCCUAAGGAAGAAGACAUUCUGCAAAAGUAUUUUGCGGAUACAGCUCAUAAUCCGCUAAGCAAUAAGUUAAAGGAGGAUCGGCGCAGGACUAUUCAGCAGCCUCAGGGUGGAUUCCAGGUGGACGCUGUGUCUUGGAGGUCCUUGCAGAACCCAAGUUACAGUUCUAUUGACUACGGGCGAUACGUGCCUCAAAGACAGUUGGUGGUGGACAACAGUACGGACAGUAUCUACUCGUACGGAGUGCCGGAGAGGAGUUCGGAGAACAUUUACAGCACACCGAGGGACACGUUCCGGCCGAACGAUAGGAAAUCACUAGAAAUCUACGCGGAACCCGUAAUAAAUGAUUCAACGCAGAGGCCUCGGGCUCAACCCCAGGUGCCCUUGUACAGGAAGAUGGGUCGAAGAGCAAGCGAGGGAAGCAGCACAGCCGUCUCAGAAACCGAGUACUCAUUGAGUUGCGAGGACAUCGACACCACUAUGAAGAGUUCCAAGGCCCCGUACACCUCAACGGACACCUUCAACAGCCUAGAGAUGCCUGCAUUGAUGUAUUCCAAUGUGGUUGGCUGUCGGCUGAGCUUGGACGCCGGUAAUAGGAGGGAGUCCACGUCGUCGUUGCACUCCUAUGAAUCUAGCUCGACGCUAGCCGGUCAAGACACCGACACCGAUUCCAUCGUGAUGAGUAGGCUGAGGAAGAGUGUGCAGGAGAAGGAGGAGUUCAUGAGGCGGAGCAGUAGACCCAGCGAACUCAUACAGAGGGAGUUCUACAGCAGGCCUAAGAAACUGGAGAAGCCGGUAUGGCCUCCUAUAGAUCCGCAGGAGUCGCCGUCACGGCUCAACAAACCCACCCAUCACAACUUUCAGCGCGUCAAGAACGACAUCGAUAACGAACGCGAAAUCAUACACAACCUCGACAAUAAGAGAUCCAACACGGCCGAAUUCUUGGGCAAGAUACAAGAGAACGAGAAUGGACAGACGAACGGAACUAAUGCAUCUGACACCGAAGAUAGAAGAAAUUACCCACCUAAUAUUCAAAUGGUGUCUAAGCGAGCACGGCAAUUCGAGAGUGGCAGAUUGAUGACGGAGGAUGACCCAAUAAUGAACGAUCGCACCAGCUUCUACAGAAGCGAAUUGGCAAGGUUGAGUGCCAAAAAGGCCGUGCCGAAUGUGGCGGUCAGAACGCGCGAAUUCGAGACGAUGUCCAGCGAGAAUUUCCCGAGGAGGGACACCAGUUCGAGCUCAACGAAUUCCGCGUCUGUCCUCCGCAGAAGUUACCGAGACAGCAGAUCACUGGAUAGUUCAGGAAGCAACUGUAGCUUAAGUAGUAGCGCCGCUGAAAUAUCGAAACCGUUUCCGGGGAAUUUCAGUAUUCCCAUUGGAAGCAAAUUUAUCCAUUGCCCGCUACCGUCGGACUAUAAGCCGACCCAAGAUCUUCCAAGCAAUGCGAAUCAGUCGAAUAGAAUGCGGCAGCGUUCUAAUUCCACUGGUUCCUGUGUUGCCCACAUGCAUACCGAAACUUCUGCGGACACUAACAAUUCUUACUCCUCUGAUAGCGCCACAACUACAGGUCGCGCCGAAUCUCUGGAUACGAAACAAUCCCCCUUCUUAGCCGAACCAUACUUUAACCUCAUCCCCGAGUCCGUGGAGCAGCUUCACCGCACGCCCUGCGUGUCCGUGACUCCUCCCUCGCCCAUACCCCAGCCCAAAUCCCUGCAAACCUCAGCCGUGCGCCCCAAUCAGCUGGAUUUGGGGGCUCCAAAGCGGCCGUUGCGACACCUUCGAGCGCCGCAAACCGUCGCCGCAGACACACCACCACCUGUCCAAUCAGUUUGCAAUGAUAAACCUUUGGUGGUGCGGCGGAUUAAAAAUACUAACAUCACCGACGAGGAUCGCGUUACGCGGCGCGAAUCCUACCUGCGUGCAACGGAGGGUGGAAGAAUUAUGUCUUUGGAAAGCAGAGAUUUCAGCGACGGAGACGUUUCGCCUCAGGUGCUACGAAGCGCCCACAGACGUUGGCGUCCACCCUUAUUUCUUGGUGACAUUCAGCAACUUCGUAAGCUCUUUGAAGAGCCCAGCACCUCUCCUUCGGGCGGUAGCUUGAGCGGCGGAAGCAGCAGCAGCGUCUCGCUGGAACGGGAGAAAAUCACCUCCUGCGUCCUUCCGGUCGAAAAAGAGAAGGCCUAUUUCGUGAAAGAGGGAUUGCUGCACUGCAAAAUCACCGAAAUCGAUGGAAAGAGAUUCGGAGAUCGUUCUUGGAAGCAAGUUUGGGCUGUUCUUAAAGGUCCCAAGUUGUUCCUCUACAAAGACAGACAUCACCUG